AGUUGUUCAAGCGCAAUCUUUGGGAGCUGUCAAAUUGUUUUUAUUAUUUUUCUGUGAGAAAACCGCACGAGGUUCGGGUGCAUUUCCUUCGGCGUUGUCGACAAAAUCUCUCCGUCGAUUCUGGUCGCAAUUGGGAACCAGACGUUUCCGCGUCCGUUCUAAACACGACGGACGGUGUACGCGUAGUGUUCGCGCAGUAAUCCGUGUCACCCGCGACUCAACAACAAGAGCGUUCUCGCUCAUCCUGUCCUUCAGCAGCGCACCUCGUGGUUUUCGUUUCCUUCUACCCACACCGUGCAGUCCCAUUAGUGUUCCGGCUUUAGAGCUCCAGUAUCGUUGGAAGCAAUCUGUUACGGCUUAACGUUGUGUGCCACACCAGCAACAACAACAGCGGGAAAUCUAGUUCUAGUGUUUAGUGCUGUUUCGCCGGAAGAGGAUUGUGUAAUCUCCCUUGCGCUUUGAGAGUCGAUAGUGUUCGAUAAUCGACAGUCAGUCUUUUCGCACCACCGUCAAGGAUACGGAUUGCUUCGGCGUUUUUUUGUCGGCUCUGCUUAGAGGUGGAACAAACCAGUUGGCGCCAGAAAAAGAUAGUGCGGUUUUCCCUUUAAGUGUGAAUUACAUUAGGAAGGCAACCAAGAUAACGAGCACCCGCGCAGCAGCAGCGCAGAAAGAGCAAAUCACGAAAUCAACAGUCACAUUAUCAUCGCGCCACCUCCAGUAUGUCUGCGAAUCAUCAAACGGCUGUGAACGGUACGGCCAACCAUCACGCAGGAGAAAAUAAUCACACCGCUGCCGCACGCACCAUGCACGAACAGAUGCAUAAUCGCCGGCAGAACCCGUACACCCAGAAGGUGGUAGUGGUUCUGGGCGCCCAGUGGGGCGACGAAGGCAAAGGCAAGGUGGUUGAUAUGUUGGCCGCUUACGCUGACAUCGUGUGUCGCUGUCAGGGUGGAAACAAUGCAGGUCACACGGUGGUCGUCGAUGGAAAGGAUUUCGAUUUUCAUCUGCUGCCCAGCGGAAUUAUCCAUGAGAAAAGUACCUCAAUUAUCGGCAAUGGUGUUGUCGUUCACUUGCCCGGUCUGUUCGACGAGCUUGCCAAAAACGAGGCAAAAGGGCUGAAGAAUUGGGAAGACCGGCUGAUAAUCUCCAACCGGGCGCAUCUGGUGCUGGACCUGCACCAGCAGGUGGAUGGUCUGCAAGAGGCGGAAAAGGGUGGCAAAUCGCUCGGGACGACCAAAAAAGGUAUCGGGCCGUGCUAUUCCAGUAAGGCGACCCGCAACGGCAUCCGCGUGUCGGAUCUGUUGGGCGACUUUAAGAUGUUCGGUGAAAAGUUUGAAGCCCUGGUAGCAAUGUACAAACGGCUCUAUCCGGAUUUCUCGGUGGACGUUAAUGCGGAACUCGCACGAUAUCGCGAGUAUGCCGAACGGUUGAGACCGUUGGUGCGCGACUCGGUGUCGUACUUGCACACGUCGCUCAAGGAGGGCAAAAGCGUACUGGUCGAGGGAGCGAACGCUGCCAUGCUGGACAUUGACUUUGGCACCUAUCCGUACGUGACGAGCAGUAACUGCAGUAUCGGCGGUGUGCUGACCGGACUGGGCUUACCACCGCAGGCGAUCGGUGAGGUGAUCGGUGUGGUGAAAGCGUACACUACCCGCGUAGGAGAUGGACCCUUCCCGACGGAAUUGCACGAUGAAAUUGGAUCGCUGCUGCAGAAGCGCGGCGGUGAGGUUGGUGUUACCACGCAGAGAAUACGCCGGUGUGGCUGGCUCGAUCUGGCGCUGCUACGGUACACCUCCAUGGUGAACGGUUACACGGCAAUCUGCCUCACCAAGCUGGACAUUCUCGAUACGCUCAAGGAGAUUAAAGUGGCGGUCAGCUACAAUCUGAACGGGAAGAAAAUCGAUUACUUCCCCGGUUCGAUUACCGACCUCAGCCAGGUGGAGGUUAACUACGUUACCAUGCCCGGGUGGCUACAGUCGACGGAGAAUGUGCGCGAUUUCGGCGAACUGCCACCACAGGCGCAGGACUACGUGCGGUUAAUCGAGAACGAUCUGGACGUGCCGGUCAAGUGGAUUGGCGUUGGUAAAGGUCGGGAAUCAAUUAUCUGCGUGAAGGAUUAAAGCGAAUCAAACAAACCUAAGCGUGUGUGCAGCUGUGGGGCAGCAAAUGGACAACAACACAUAAUCUGUUCAGCGCAACUGUGCAACAGUAAGCUUGUACCGUCGGAAUCGUUUUGUUUUUGUCUUUCGUCCAUUCGUCCUCAACAAAAUGCAGAACGCAGGAGAGAAGGUAGAUGGAAGAAGCUUCCAGCUUUAGGAGUGAUCUGUAUACGCACCACAAACGAACCUAAUGGUAUGGUUUUGCUACGCAAAAUACGUACACCCACACACACACACACGUCCUCACCCGAAACCUAUACCCCUUAAAGGCUUAAUUUAUUAGAUUCAUCAUAUGCGCCAGCGGACUAUGGAGAGCAAGUAUUGCGCAGUCUUAUUGAACUUAACAAGAGAGAGGGAGAGAGAGAGAAAACAAUUCAAAGGGCAAAGCCUACGCACAAUGUAUUCAUCCAUAGAGUUAUAGACCUGUGAAAGAGGCCUCAAAGGUUAGUUUGUUUGCUCGUCGAGAGCUUGUAUGAAAUGCCACAGGUAACUACAGUUCGGUCUAGUAAUUUGCGCAAACCAUUUGAGGUAAUAUCUUACAAGUAACAACUCACCAGUAAGCAUCACAGUUAUAGCUAUACCGCUUGCUACAACGCUUAUUGAGGUGUUUAUCGUAAAUUAUGUGUGUGCAAGCGGUGCAGCAGCUUAGACGGUCCUAAACGGUUACAUGAAUACAACCCAUUUUUGCGAUCGCUAGAAUGUGUGCAGAGUGUAAAACGAAGGGACACUCGUACGACAAACAAACCUUAAGCUAACAACAACAGUGCACAGCGCAUGUGGUAGAUAGAAAUAGAUGUCCAAUAACAUACAUGUUUUAGAGGGCCGCGAAGAUAGGUGAAACCCUGAAACGAUCGGGAACAGAACAGAAGGCGGCAUAUAAUGCUCGUACUGCGAUCGCGGCUUUCUCUACACGCUGUGUCGAUUAUAAACGAAGCAAGAGUCAGCAAGGGUAAAGGGAACUGGGAUGUAUUGAAGACGAUGAUUCACCGGAGAUAGCAAAAAAGACUAAUUGGAUACAGGAGCCGGUGAAGGUUGGAUUACAGAAAUGGCUUUUGUGGUUUGCUUUCUACUAUUUAACCAUUUCGUCGAUAGCGUUUGAUGGAUUUAUAUGAAAAUUUUAUUCUUUCUGCCGUUUGGUUUAAAAAGUUUACUUCAAGAGCGCGCAGUCCAAACUACACCAAACGGUAUCACUUAUUGUAUCUGACACACACACACACGCGAAUUGUAUAAAUCAUUUGGCAAAUGAAAUACGUUGCUAACGCAUUGGUCUGCACAGUGUGUGUGUGUGUGUGUGUGUAAAGCAUGGGAUGGAGCAUAAUUUUAUAGCAAAGAUUGUAGAGUAAAUAUUGUAACAUUACUUAAGGCAAUCCGCUAAGGCUAAAGGCCCAGCGGACAAACGUAGGUUUUGUAUUGCUAGUGUGCGAUUAUAGAAUAAUUUUAGUUUUCCUUUUCCCUUUUGUCUUUCCAUUUUUUUUUGUUACCUCAGGCUAGAAUCUUUCCCAAUGUGUAUGUACCACCGCAAAAACCUAUCAGUUGUUUUUCCUCCCUUCUUUCCAAUCCCCAAAUAUUGAGCCAUUGCUUAAAGAAGGCGCAAUGAAUUUUAACGUUUUACCUUUCUGGGUUUUUUUUAUUCCAAUUUGGCCAGAGAAAAAGAAAAUAAGGAACGACGGUACGGUGGCCAAAUUGGGAACUUUAUUAUAUCAUUUGUUAGUUGUUGUUAUUUUUAACAGUACAAUUGAUGCUCUAGGGAAGUGUGGGUCGUGUUAAAAAAACAUUGUAAUUAUGAUGUCGCUAAAAAGGAAUUAAGUAAUACUAUUAAAAAGAUGUAAAAAACGAAA